UUCUACCGGAAGUAUAAAUGUCGUCUCUGUUUUACGGCCAGGACGGACUCACUCGGGGAUAUAUUUUGAUUGUCCUCCGAAGUUUUCUGAACUAUCAUUUCAACUGCGAUUUCUUGUGGGAAUGGAGACAGUAGCAUAUAUUUCUGUUGUAAAGUGAAAAAUACAGGAGAAAUUUAAAGAUUGGUUUCCUACAUCUGUCUCGCAGCCUCAGCAGAGCCCCUUCAUCACUGUGAUUUAAACCAGGGACAGACCACAACACUGACUUCGAGAUCUCAGCAGAUUUAAGCCACUAUGUCUUAGUUAACAGUGCCUCAUCCCCUUCCCCUGACCACCCUGCCCCCUCUCUCCAUCUUCUUCCCCCUCGCCCUUCCUCAUCUUUUCGCCGGCUGUAAUAAUUUGUGGUUGUAACAGUAGUGGCACCUCUUCUUGCAUGAUGAGCAGCCUGCAGGAGCAGCGUCAUGGCAGCACAGCCUCAGAGCGAGAUCUUCACUCUGCUGCCUCCUCUGCUAGCCUUCCUCCAGUUAGAAAGGCCCCCAGGAAGCGCCCUCCAUCACUCCACUCUCUCUUCAGUCGACGACGCCGGUCUGAUUGUGACCCCAAAUGCAAGUCCAAGCCUCUGCAGCCUGGAGCUGGUGUGGACGUCGUUGCCCGCAUCGAAAGCGUGCAGUCAGAGACGGUCCAUGAUAAAACUUCUCCACACUGUGCACUAGGUGAGACGUCAACUUCGUCAGUGUCGGGGUCUUCAUUAGAGCUGCUGGAGUGCCCUCUGUGCUUAAUGCGCCAUGCACGUGAGCGCUUUCCAGACAUCAUGACCUGUCACCACCGUUCAUGUGCAGACUGCUUGCGACAGUAUCUGCGAAUUGAAAUCUCAGAGUCUCGUGUCAACAUCAGCUGCCCUGAGUGCUCAGAGCGUUUCAAUCCCCAUGACAUCCAGAUGAUCCUGGGAGAUAGAGCCCUCAUGGAGAAGUAUGAGGAGUUCAUGCUGAGGCGGUGGCUGGUUGCUGAACCUGACUGCCGCUGGUGCCCUGCUCCAGACUGUGGUUAUGCAGUCAUUGCAUUUGGCUGUGCCAGCUGCCCAAAGAUCACCUGUGGGCGUGAGGGCUGUGGGACGGAGUUCUGUUACCACUGUAAACAGCUGUGGCAUCCCAACCAGACCUGUGACACUGCACGACAAGAAAGGGCCCAGAACCUCCGGCUGAGGAGUUUCAGGUCAUCCUCCCUCAGCUACAGCCAGGAGAGUGGAGCUGCAGGUGAUGAUAUCAAGCCGUGUCCACGUUGUGCUGCUUACAUCAUUAAAAUGAAUGAUGGAAGCUGUAAUCACAUGACCUGCACUGUGUGCGGCUGUGAGUUCUGCUGGCUCUGCAUGAAGGAGAUCUCUGAUCUGCACUAUUUAAGCCCGUCAGGCUGCACCUUCUGGGGAAAGAAACCCUGGAGCAGAAAGAAGAAGAUUCUGUGGCAGCUCGGCACCUUGGUGGGAGCGCCUGUGGGUAUUGCCCUUAUUGCUGGCAUCGCCAUCCCUGCAAUGAUCAUUGGCAUCCCGGUCUACGUGGGCAGAAAGAUUUAUAACCGCUAUGAGGGCAAGGACAUCUCUAAACACAAGAGGAACAUGGUAAUAGCUGGUGGUGUGACUCUGUCAGCGAUUGUGUCACCUGUGGUUGCAGCAGUCACUGUUGGCAUUGGUGUUCCCAUCAUGCUGGCUUACGUCUAUGGAGUUGUACCGAUCUCACUGUGCCGGAGCGGUGGCUGUGGCGUGUCUGCUGGCAAUGGCAAAGGGGUGCGAAUCGAGUUUGAUGAUGAAAACGACAAUAUAGCUAACGGGGCUGCAGCCACAGACACAACCUCAGUGGCAGAGACACGGCUCAACAAUGCCAGCCUCGGAGAUGGAGCGAGUGUUGGUGGUCUGACCGGCCUGAGCCUCAGUGUCAGUGGGAGCCACAUGGAGCGUUGUGGCAUGAGCUCCACCCAGCGGGAUAACAUGAGUGACAAUGCCAGCACCACAGCCCUUGCUGGGACCAGCAUCACUGGCAGCCUGUCUGGCAGCUGCUACAAUAGGAUGGAAGUGCAGGCUGAUGUCCAGAAGGAACGCUGCAGUCUGAGUGGAGAGUCAGCCACUGUCAGUCUGGGGACAAUCAGUGACAACGCAAGCACAAGGGCCAUGGCCGGUUCCAUCCUCAAUGCCUACAUGCCACUAGAAAGAGACAAUAGUCUGGAAGCUCAGGCAGAUGUGGUCCCAGCAGGAGUGAGACAUGUCAGCGCCAGUAGCAGCCUGGAUGAAGCCAGCUGUAGCAGCAGUGCUGCCGGCCUUAAAGGUGCCAAUGGUGACACAUGUCUGUGCCUACACCCCCCAACCCGCCGCUGUGCUCAACACGACAACCACUGCUGCCCCUUGUCUCCCUGGUCAAAGGAACCAUCCACUUCAGGGGUCAAAAAGGGCAAAGGAAAGCGCUGGAAAAGAGCUAGUGGCAACAAAGGAGAAACGAAAAUGAAUGAAACGCAAGCAGAUAUGGAGGCUCAGCUGAUGGAGCAGCGCAGCAAUAAUUCCUCUGAGUUUGAUUCGCCAUCCCUGAGUGGCAGCCUGCCCUCUGUUGCCGACUCGCACUGUAGCCACUCGUCAUCAGAGCUCAACUGCUCAGACCCUGAAACCUCAGGACCAGCUCAUCCACCGUGCUCUGCCCUGAUGGACCCCAGCGCUCAUCAUCCAGCUGCAGCUUUCAGUGACGUCACCAUCACAUCCAUGCCUGAGGUGGAGAACGAUCGUCUAGAGCGUGAUCCCUCUCAGAGUAGCCAUGCAGCCUUCAUGAACCACCUGUUUUCUUCAUCCCCACCUGCUUCGCCAAAAGAGGGAAAUAGCGGCACAUUUCUGUACAUCAAGGAGAGUGUCGGCGACAUCACACACACAGAGCCAGAGAAGGACGAGAGCAUGAAAGAGACCGUUGACAACACUGACGCACAGCCUGCAAGUCCAGCAAGGAAGCGCUGUAUACAAACUGAUAUCUAACACAGCCCGUGCUGGUGUUGGCUUAGUUGGCCUUAUCGCCAGCACUAACCUCACUCUGAAUCAAGAGGCCCACAAGUUUAAACAAAUGUAUCUACUGUGGAGGCAGGAAUAUUAUAUGAAUGUCAGUUUGUACAGUUACAAAGAGGGUCAAGGUCUACAGUAAGUUAGAGAGGUUUGUGAAUAAAGUCAAAACGGGUGGUUGGGUUCUUCAGGGACAGGAUGAGAGGACAGGUGCAGCGAGGUCUAUAGAAGGUAAAGCUGAAUGUAUGUGGAGAUGUGUAAAAGCAGGUGAUCUGUGUGGUGAGACGCUAUCCAACUGUUAUGAUGAUCUGCAGUCUGACGUUUUCAGUCAGUACCCCUGAAUGACUUUCUGAAUAUAAACUCAAGCCACUUUUUACCCUUUUCUUAUAACAAGCAGAACUGAUACAGUUGGAUAGGAGCAAGUAAAAUGUCUUUCAGCUGCUUUAUAAGGCAUUAGUCUUUCACAUCUGCAACAAUCUGGCUUUCUUUGGUGUUUGCAUGCAUCAGAUGUCAUCACAGAUCCACCACUGUGCCGCUGGUUCCUUCUGUCACCUUAAAAUGGCUUGUGGAAGACCACAGCGAAUGGACUGCUGAGCAUGUAAACCUAAGAAGGGCCGGUCCAUACAGUAGCAGAUCUUUUUUUUUUUUUCCCAUAAUCAGCUAUAAGAAGAAAAAGUUUCUCUUAAAAUGUGACUCCUGUUUUUUUUGUGCUCUGUUUGCUUAUUUUUAUUUUCCAUUUUGGGAAAGUUGGUUUAAUUGUUCAAGCCCUAUGAUGCCUCCAAACCUUGUGGUGGUGGGAACUGUUGACAAGGACGCGAACCUUAGCCGGUCGUUGUGGAUGUAAGACAGCUGCCUGCACUGGUAGAAGUUUUUUCUUUGUUGUUGCACCUGUGCAAAUGUAACCAAGUAUUCAGUGCAGUUUUAGUACAUUAAUGAAUUAGAAGAGGUGUAUUAAUGAAAAGGGAAUUUUAAGUUAUUUCUUGUAAACACAUAACUGAGAAAGAGAAAAAAAGCCCACUUUUUAAAUUUGAACCUGUAGCAUUUCUUACAAUUAUAUCUUGUAUAGUAAUCAUUCACUAAAACUGUACAGUCAUCCACAUAAUGUGUUUGCAAUAAGAAAACUAAGCUUUCAAGCAGCUAGACAGAUGUGUCCAGGCAGGGAACACAACUUCAUAGCAAAGUUCAAACACAUCUUUUGGUGAUUUAAUAUUCAGCAGUGAAUAUAUAUAUAUAUAUAUUACAUUUUUCAUUCUCCCUCAGUUGAAUCCAAACCAAAAUAUUUUUGAUUCA